AUCAGUGAGGUGCAGGAAAAGAGUGUUUGUGUUUUCUCUCUGCAUUAGGUGUCUAGACCAGUUGUCUGAGGAACAAGAUGUCAUGUACCUAGUGGAAAUUUUGUAAAAUUGUCAGACACUGUUAAACUUUCCAUAAUGUAAAGAGAUACUUUAAUAUUGUUAUUUUAUUUUUUUUGUAGUUACAUGAUUCGCUGGUAAAGGGCGUCAGGGGAGAAUGAAAUCAAUGUCAGUAGCCUUGAAGAAAAGAUUAGAUGUUUUUAGUUCCCCAGAUGCCAAAGAAGCAGCUUUCCACACAGCCUGUGCAAAGAUGGAGCAGUUUUCAGAUGACGAGCUGGAUCACGCUGCAGAGGAGGACAGCGAUAAAGAGGACCAGGACCUGGACAAAAUGUUUGGAGCAUGGCUGGGAGAGCUGGACAAACUGACAAAGAGUCUAGAUGACGGGAGACCGGAGAAGGUGCAGAAAGCACCUCUCAGACAAGAGACAAACAUGGCCAACAUGGCCUACCGCUUCUCCAUUUAUAACAUCAACGAGGCUCUGAACCAGAGUGACGCAGUGGAUCUGGAUGCUCUGAUGGCGGACCUCUGCUCCAUCGAGCAGGAGCUCAGCACCAUCGGUAAGCCUAGCAGCACUUCCUCUCGCCUUGGCCUGACAGGGGACACCAAAGUUCGUCAGAAGCCCCCGGCUGGACGCAGUCACAGCACCAAGCACACGGGCAGCAGCAGUGGAGGGGCGAGCAGCAGUGGCGGCAGCACCAGCAGCAGUACCCGCGCCUCCCCUGCCUCUACCGUCAGGGUGGGCAGCUCCAGCAGCAGACCCCCGCUGGCAUCCAACUUCUCUCUGGAUGACAUCACAGCCCAGCUGGAAAAAGCCUCCCAAAGCAUGGAUGAAACAGCCAGGCAGAGCUCCACGUCCUUUAGCUCUACAGUCUCAGCACCGUACUCUUCCUCCACCAUGCGGCGGCCGACCUCUCAUCAUCAUCAUCGCAGGACGGGGUCAGUGGGUACAGUCACCGAGCAUGAGGUGCGGUCCUUUGUCCAUUCCUCUCGCUCUAGCAUUAACUCGGCCUCUGCAUCCAGCAUGGACUCGCUAGACAUUGAAAAACCCAAGUCUGAUCAGGACGGGUUGCAGGACGGACAGGACCAGCCGAGUUCAGAGCACUCGUAUCUGGACAGGGAGACCUCUCUCAUUCUGAAAAGCAUUGCAGGAAAGCCCUCUCACUUGCUGACCAAGGAGGAACAAGCUGCCAAACAAAAAGCUGAGAAGAUCAGAGUAGCUCUGGAGAAGAUAAAGGAAGCGCAGGUUAAAAAGUUGGUUAUCCGAGUGCACCUAUCAGAUGAAAGCUCAAAGACUGUGAUGGUGGAUGAGAGACAGACGGUGCGUCAAGUGCUGGACAGCCUGCUGGACAAAUCCCACUGCGGUUAUAGCCUGGACUGGUCUCUGGUGGAAAUCAUCACUGAACUUCAGACGGAUAAAGGGCCUGCUGACUCCAUGUCUAGAGAUCAGGCCUCUAGAGACCUAGUUUGCUUCCUGCAACUGGAUCAUGUUAACGUGUACCUGGGUCAGGACUACCGCAGCAAGUAUAAAGCCCCAACUGACUACUGCAUGGUCCUGAAGCACCCACAGAUUCAAAAGAAAUCACAGUACAUCAAAUACCUGUGCUGUGAUGAUGUCAGAAUGCUGCAUCAGUGGGUCAAUGGAAUACGCAUUGCCAAGUAUGGGAAGCAGCUGUAUUUGAACUACCAGGAAGCCAUGAGACGCACAGAGGCCGCUCAUGACUGGUCCUCCCUCUCCAGCUCCAGUAUCAAGUCUGGUUCCAGCUCCUCCAGUCUACCAGAAUCUCAGUCCAACCACUCCAGCCAAUCAGACAGCGGCGUGUCAGAGACCACAUCCUCUGGUCAUGUGCGCUCUCAGAGUGUCGUCAGCUCCAUCUUCUCUGAGGCAUGGAAGAGAGGCAAUCAGGCAGAUGAACCCAAGAUGAGAAUGGAUGGCCCACCAGCACAGCCUGCUAGAGCCUCUUACCCUCUACAACUUCCCCAACUGCCCCAAUCUCUCCAAUCUCGUUGCAGCUACAGUGGUGUGUCCCCAGUGUCCCCCUCCUCGCCCCCAUCUCCCCCACCGCCUCCUCCACCACCUCCCCCUCUCCCCAACCCCACGCACCACAGCACCAAUGGGCUCCAGCAGUUCUUAGCUCAAAAGUUCCCUAAUAUGACCUAUGACUUCUCACCUGUCCAACAAGAUGAAGAGCCUCCGCCACCUCCUCCAGUGUGUUUCUCUCCGCCCCCUCAGCAGUCAGGUCCACCUGCCCCACCUAAAACAUUCACUGGUGGGUUUCCACCCCAAACGGCUCCGAAACCCGCCCACGGCAUUUCCCCCAUUUCCCCUGUGCCACCUUCUUUGUCUCCAACCCCUCCGGCCACCAUGAAGAAACAACAAAGCCUCUCCAGUGGUCACAGCCCCAAUCAACCUCCACCUAUCCUUCCCAAGCAAUAUAGCCUUUCUUCCAAAGCUGCAUCUGUAUCUGCCCCCAUCUCUCCCACCCAAUCGCUUGUAAAGCAGAUUGUAAACCAGUUCCCUGACGCCCCUGAUGGAUCUAAAUGCCCCAUAUCUCCUCCUGUGGUAAAAACCAAACCAAAAUGGCAGCCAGGAGGGCAAGCUCAACCACAAUCUCCUGAAUUUCCUCCACCCCCACCAGAGAGUACCCUUGAAUUCCCUCCACCUCCUGCUCCAAGUCCCCCUCCUGCCCCACAGCCUUCUGGCAAGAUGGGAUCACCAAUCAAGAAGUCCCCAUCGACGUCGUCAAAUUCUUCUACUGGUUCAGGAGGGAAGAAGCCCCCUCCAACUCCACAGCGCAACUCCAGCAUGAUGUCCACCUCUUCCAUUGAGUACCAGGAGUCCAAGAAAGUGGAGGAUUUGGUCAGCAUGUUUGCCCAAACCAGUCAAGCCCCUCCCAGCUCCUUCUCAACUCCAUCCUCUACGACAGGAUCACCUUCCAAGGACUCUUCCGCAGGUCCUCGAAAACCAGGCAAGAUCAACUUGGCUAAUCUGCCUCUGGCUCUCCAGGGGAAGCCAGGUCAAUAUCAGCAAUCCAGCUCAGACUUCCCCUCUCCUCCUCCCGAAUGUGACUUUCCCCCUCCACCACCAGACUCAGAACUCCUGCCUCCUCCACCUCUCCCAUCAGAACUGCACACCGGGGCUCCCAAAGUGGCCGUGGUGAACCCUCAACCCCAACACUCCUCCAGCUCCACAUCCUCAUGGAAGCAAAGCUCCUUGAAGAAAAUGCCACCUCCGACUAUGCACCGCCGCAGCAGUGGCCCACCCGAGCCACUUGCCCUUUCUCCACCUCCUCAACAGAUGCCUCUGUCCUCUUUUAACUCUCAGAUCCCACCAACUUCCCCCAAGGCCAGUCUGUCAAUCCAGCCCAACUUCUUGGAAGACCUCAACAGAACUCUCAAAAGGAAGUCCAUGACUCGACAUGGCUCCCUCACUUCCUCGAGAAUCUCGGCCAAGCUGGAGCCAGUAACCACCAUGGACGAUAUGGCCCUUCCGCCCCCUCCUCCAGAGCUGCUGCUGGGCCAGCAGAAAAAGGGCGGAUACAUGAGCGCCAACAUCUCAGGCUAUGCAACAUUACGGCGGGGUCCUCCGCCGGCUCCACCCAAACGGGACCAAAACACUAAACUGACAAGUGAGUGGUAGUUGGGACAUGUGCUGAGUACGGCUAUGCCACUCUCCUUUUCCACUCCGUUUAUCUUCAACAGCUGAAACGUCUGCAUUAAAAUACUGCUCAUUUUAACCCCCGAUUAUAACCACAAUAUGAAAAAGCCAAACCAUCUAUACAUAAGCUUCUCUGCGUGUUUGUGCCGCUUUGCUAUUAAGUGUAGCAGAUAUACAAAAAACUGAGAAAAAGAGACUGACGUUGUUAUUAUAGGUACUGCAUGGACACUGCUGUGAGGAGCAAAGGGGAUAAUGUAUAUGUAUGAUAAAAUAUAUAUGUGGAACAAUGGGGUGGGAGGGAACUUGUACUUUUUUAUAUGAAAUUAUUUAAUACCUGAAAUAUAUUCUUAUUUUAAAGUUUAGUUUUGAAACCCUUGACUGUAAACGUUAAACGUGAAUAGAAAAUCAGGGUUGUUGAACCGAUGCUUGUGUGUGUGCGUGUGCGCAUUUCGUCUGAGGGAUUUGGUUGAUCCACUCUCAGAAGAAAAGCGAGGGCCUG